AAAUGUCUUACUAUUCAGAGACUAAGAGAUUCAAGCCUAUAUCCUCUCCUUACAGGCAUACUUAUAGUAAAAACCCGCUUGUCAAGAGCAACACUUACUUGAAAAGAAUCAAGGAGUUGGAAAAAGAACUUAGAGGUCUGAAGAACGACUAUAAUCAAGAAAUGGUCCAAAUGCAUAAUACGAUCGAUAAGCUUUGAGAAUGAUUCAUUGAGUACAAAGAUGAUACAAAUAAAUAAAAUUGAACAGAUGGAAGAAAUGAUAACUUCUCAAGACAGUGAUAAAAUCCAAAUCAUGAGCCCAAAGCCCUAUAGUGCGAUCAACAGCUACAUUCCAGACACACCAGUGUCAGAGGAAUGAAUUAAAGACUUAAGUGCAGAAUUAAGUAAUCGUUCUACUAAAUAAGCAGCCAUUUAAUUUUCAGCCAAACAAAAGCUUAUAUAAGACUCCUCCAAAUUGUGCUGAGAAGAAAUCAAUUACUGACCUGAACAAGCUCAGCUUCUUCUCCCAAGAAGAUUCUAUGCUUGAGCACAAGCUCAUACCCAGAAAAGAUCAGCUGGAAAUCGCUGAGGAAAAUGUUCAUUUUCACGAAUCUAGGAGCAACAAUUUGGAUAUCAUCACUGACAGGAACUCUCUUCGGAAGGAUAAGUAUACAACCAACAGAGUUCGAGAGAGCAGCUUUAACAUGGAACAACUCAAGCCUAAAAUAGAGAUAGAUCACCUCCAGAAAAUGAGUCGUUAUGGCUUCUCCGUUUUUAAUAGAGAAAGUUCCAAUAUUCCUCAUAAGAGCCAGAAGUUGGAAGAAAGUAAUGAAAUCGAGGAUUUUAAUGCUGUUUUUGAUACUAUUUCAGCAGCUUCUAUUCAGGAUGACGAAGAAGGCACAAACCUUAAUGCCAAAGGGAUCAAUACUAACUACGUCAAGCAUUAUAACUCUAUUAACAAGACUAGAGAGGAGGAGAAAAAAGAAGAAAAACAGAGGAUUAAGAAGGAAAGAUCUGGCCUUUCCACUAAUUUUAACCAGUGCUUUUGUAAUCAUGAUGAAGAGCUUUCUUCAAGUAUUAACAGCUCCAGGCUUCUUGAGUCAAGUACUUAUAGUGAAAGAAAAUAUGCUACUUCAACUAAUAAGGAUUCUCCAAUGAUAAAUUUUGAAGAAGAUGAGACAGACCAAGGAUUGGUGAUCAACCCUAUUUUCAGACCCCCAAGCUACAAAAUUUGUAGUCAAUACUGCAAGAAGAUGCCUUCAUGGAGUCAAAAAAUGAUUAUCGAAUCAUGCCUUAAAGAAUAUUUGAAAUCAUUUGUUGAGGUUGGUAAAAUCCAGCUAGUUUCUAAUCCAGAAAAUCCUUCAGAACUAAUGAUUUCAGAGAGAAAUAAAACUCCAAUCCCUCCCCCUGCCAAGAUGAGGAUUAAGAAUGAGAAGAAGUAUUUAAUAUCUUCAAGUUGGUGGCGGAAGUGGUGCGACUACACUAAUUUUGAUGAAGUUGAAAUAUACUCCUUUACCGGUCAACCGAGUAGUGUACGAAUGAAUAUUGAAUCUCAAAAUCCUUUGAAAUCAAGUUUCAAAUUACCUUCAUCAUCAAGUAAUUCUCCGAUAAAGCAGGAAGAGAACAAUUAUGCCCAGCCAGGGAAAAUCACCAAUGAACCCCUCAUUAGGAGUCCUGAAGAGUUGGUCGCCCGUACAGAUAUAGUCGAGUACCAUGACUAUGUAUCCCUUGAUAUGAAGACAUGGAGCUAUAUUAAGAAUUGGUAUGGAUAUGAUUACUGACUCAUCAACUUUUCAAUGUAUGAUUCAAUGGGAGACAAGAUCAUCGUUAAAGUUAACUAGGGUGCUGAGUAAAUUUCAAUAUUUA